UUCCUCUUCGCGUUCGUGUUUCUUGUGCGUAGAAAAGUGGCGCGCACGGUGGUGUGCGUGUGAAUCACGCACGACGACGGAACGGCGAUGACAACUCGACAAAUGACAGCUGACGCACACACCUAAAACCGUUAGAUUUCUUUCAUUCAUCCAUCCGCCUUCGACGACUGUGAUUCGUGUCCGUCGUGUGUGCAGCAGUGUUGAACAAAAAGAGGAAAAGUUAUAUUUUCCUCCUCGCCAGUAAAAUCCUUAUCAGCGCGAUUUAUCGUCCGGAUAUUUGUCGUUCACCCCCUGCCAGAGCUGCAUAUUGGUAAUUAUCGUCCGGAUUGACCGGAGGUGACGGGAAAUAAUGUAGAAUAAGUUCACGUUUCAUCCUGUAAAAAUAGUCUCGGAAGAAAAAUUAGUGCACAGUAUUCUGCGAGCAGUCCGUGUCAGUGUGUGUGUGCGUGCGCGAAAAUAUGUGAACGGGAGUCGCUGCUGAAGUGGUGAAGUGUGCCAACGCGAGAAAGGACAAGGCACAUCUCUGGCAACCGAAGGUGGAAAAUAGCGCAUACGUCAAAAGAGCAAAACGACAGACAGACGAAAAGUCAGUCAGAGCCCAUCGAAGAAAGACAGCGAAAAGUAAGGCGAUCACUCCGCGAAUCAGCAGCGCCACACAGUCACAGUCAGUUCAGUUCAGUGUCAGGAGAGCCUAGCAACGAAUCACAAGUCGAGCGAUAUACGUCGUCGUGGGAGUGCGAGUGUGUGAAGAAAAAAAUGUCUUGAAGAAAAAAAAGUCACUUUUAACUUGCGCCGAUUAGGAAAUGUGUAAUGUUUUUUAAAAUUGCUGUUCAAGAAUGCCGAUACAGGCGCCCCAAUGGACAGAAUUCCUCAGCUGUCCGGUUUGCUGCAACGAAUUUGCAGCAAAUCUACGUCCACCAAUCAGUCUAGGAUGUGGCCACACCAUAUGCCGUACUUGCUUGGCGACGCUGCACAGGAAGCAGUGUCCCUUCGAUCAGACUUUAAUAUCGACAGACUUAGAUAAUCUACCGGUAAAUAAUGCUCUGCUACAACUGGUCAGCACUAGCAACACAGCUGGCAGCAGUCCUGGGAGUGGCAAUGGCACUAGCAAUACCUCGUCCGGAUCAUCCACCGGGGGUACAGCCACUCCCGGUGGCAGCGCAAUCGAUCCAGACCUAAGCUCACCAAGUGUUCAAAACUUGAGCCCAGAGGAUUUGCAGUGCUACAAGACUGCCCGGGGAUGCAUUGAAGAGCUAGCCCUGUACCUAAAACCGUACCCCAAUGGGAACGCCGGUGGGCUUCUGUCGCGUCCGAUGCAGCGCAAAUUGGUCACCCUGGUCAACUGUCAGUUGAUUGAAGAUGAAGGACGUGCGCGAUCGUUACGUGCCGCUCGCUCGCUAGGCGAACGAACGGUCACCGAGCUGAUACUGCAACACCAGAAUCCACAACAGCUGAGUACGAACCUUUGGGCGGCGGUGAGGGCCCGCGGAUGUCAGUUUCUCGGACCAGCCAUGCAGGAGGAAGUGCUGAAAUUGGUGUUGUUGGCACUGGAAGACGGGUCGGCACUUUCGCGGAAGGUGUUGGUUAUGUUUGUAGUGCAACGGUUGGAACCACAUUUUCCACAAGCUUCGAAAACCAGCAUCGGGCACGUAGUUCAGCUGUUGUACCGGGCGAGUUGCUUUAAAGUGUCAAAACGUGAGGGAGACUCAUCUCUGAUGCAGUUGAAGGAAGAAUUCCGUACUUAUGAAGCACUGAGACGGGAGCAUGAUGCACAAAUAGUACAAAUUGCAACCGAAGCAGGUCUUCGGAUAGCCCCGGAUCAGUGGUCCUCCUUGCUGUAUGGCGAUACGGCACACAAGUCACACAUGCAAAGCAUUAUAGAUAAACUGCAAACGCCGCAAUCUUUUGUGCAAUCAGUACAGGAGUUGAUAAUCGCACUCCAGCGAACGGGUGAUCCAGCCAAUCUGUCCGGAUUGCGGGUGCAUCUCAAGCACCUAGCCAGCAUUGACUCGAAUGCUGAGAAUCAUGUGCCAACGUGGCGCGAAUGCUCCACAGCGUUGGAAGCAGUCAAGCGGGUCGUUAUAGGCCUGGUCGAUUUUGUACAGCAUCAUGGCAACCGAAAGUUGCAAGAGCCAGGACACUUAGCUCACAAUAGUAAAUAUAAAAUUAGCCUGUGUCGCGACCUGAAUCUCCGAGGAACCUGCCCACGUGGACCGAACUGUACUUUCGCACAUUCGGAAGAAGAACUCGAGAAGUACCGUACAAAGCUUCGGAAGAACAACAUUCGUACUCCGAAUGGAAAGGAUCAUGGCGAAUACAUAGGAGAUCUAGGGAUGCCAUCUACAUCGCAUGGAUACCAUUCAUCCGGGGAGGAAGCUUCCCCAAUGCGAUAUCCAAAGUCAACUCCACAAAUGAGAUAUCUAGACAAAUCUCCCAUGAGUAGUCACAGUCACGCCAGCGGAAGUAGUAAUAGUAAUAGUAGUCAUAAUAGUCACUUAGCGCCAAUUCCACCUCUUCAGCAUCCUCCGUACUCGAUCGGGCCGCCCCCACCAACACCACUUCAACACGGUGCCAAUGGAAGAAAUUUCAAUUUCAAUCCAAAUUUUCCGAACGGAGGAACUGGGAACCUUCCAUACGGUACCCGACCUCCUCCUCCAGCGAUGCCACCUCCUCCUGUUCAUAAUUCAGGUCCGAUACGUGGCAACUUUAUCCGGCCGCAAAAUGGAAACUUUAUAGGUCAUCCUCCUCCACCACCCCCACCCAUGCAACACAAUCCCCCGAAUGGCCCCCCAAUGAACAUGCUGCACGGCGGAAAUCAUCCUACAUAUCCCCCUGCUCAACCGCCACCAAUGGAGCAAAUGCAUCAACAGAUGAUGAAUGGACCACCUCCGCCAUCGUUUGUUGGCAACCAAGCCUAUCCCGACUAUCCGGACAAAAUUGAUCAAAGGCGCCAGUUCAAUCCGUGGGAAAACCAACCACCGCCAGCACUUCCCAACCCAAACAGUGCAUCUUCCGGUGCACCUGGCCCACCACAACACUCUGUAGUUCCUCCAGUUAACAUACUUGGGCAACAGCAUGCGCCCAAAUCAGGUAUUAAUCCGUCUUACCCGUCUGCUAUGAUGGGCAAUAAAAACCAUCUACAGUCACCGCCUACUGUGCAACCACCACACUCACAGCAUCCUGCUAUGCCUCUGCUAGCUUCUCAAAUGCGUCAGCAUCAACAACAGCAACAAACACCACCACCGCCACCACCACAACAGCAACAUCAUAAUCCUCCCGGAAGCGGAGGCAAGUACUACCAAGGCAACAAUCCGCUGCAUCAUAAGCCUCGUGACUACCGUGAUAAGCACCUCGUAAAUCCAAAUAACACUAGACUGCAUAUGCCUCACUCACAUUCACAACCACCUCAUCCGGUUCCAUCGAUGCAACAACAGCAACAGCAGCAGCAGCAGCAGCAACAACAACAGCAAACACAAGCAUCGAACUUCGGCAAUGGCAAUAGGAACAAUCUGCAUGCUGCCAUUGCUCAAGCCACGCAAAACAUGGUCAACAACGGCAAUGUGCCACCUACCGGAAACAAUGGUGCAAUGAACAACAACGGAUAUACUGGCAAUACCAUGCCACUCAGCCGCAGUGAUACAAUAGAGCUACUGAAGAUGCUCAACCUAGGUGCUACCAAUGCUGACCUAGUGACGAAUGCAACCGGAACGACCAAGGACAUGUUUGUGCGGUCUGAUUCACUGCUCAAUGACGACGACUUUCCCAUAUCGGAAAGUGACUUCUCCAAUGCCAUCAUCAACAAAUUUGGACCAAUCUCGCGGACAAGCAACCAGUUGGCCAAAUCUAGAGGUGAUUUCCCAUUCGCAGGGAAUCUACUCGAUAGCGAAUGGCUGAUAAAUAUGCAACAGCAUUUGUACCCGGAUGGCGCAGGACUCGGCGAUCUAUCGUCUUCAAAUUGUUCGUCAGCUUCGUCGUCAUUCUACCAGCAAUCGCAUCAACAUCCUGCAACGUCUCAAACAUCCAGCAUCAAGAGCGAACCGAACAACAACACACUGGAGUUGGAUCUGUUCCAGGUGGAUAGUAAAAUAUCAGACUAUGCAAGUUCUCUUAGUGGCGCCAACCAGUCGAACAGUACAUCACAACUACUACAUCAUCAUCAAGUUGAAGCACAGUUGCUACAACAACAACAACAGCAGCAGCAGCAGCAACAACAACAUUUAGCUCACCCAACUGCCCCUCAGCAUAUGACCGGUGCAACUGUUACAGUGGAACUGUCCGCAAACAGUCCCCUUGUGACUUCACUUCUUUCGUCACAUCACCAGCAGCACACUCCUCAUCCCCAUCAUUCAUCAGCCCAGGCACAUCACCACCACCACCAACAGCAGCAACAAUAUCCACAACAGCAUCAGCAUUUAUUUGCGCAACAGCAGCAGCAGCAACAGCAACAUCAACAACAACAGCAGCAGCGUCAUAUGCUCCAACAGCAUAGUAUGCAGUCACACGGCGGCAAGCUGCCCAAUCAUCUGGUGGAGGCCAUGCGGUUGAACGACUUGAUGGGAAAUGGAGGCGGAAGCGGCGAUUUGAAAAUUCCAAGCUUCAAGGAGCUGAAAGACUUGAAGACCCAGCAAUCGAUGAGUGGUUUGUCGCCCGUGUCGAGUGUGUUGACGGCAGUAACGUCCUCAUCGUCGUCGGUACCGAUGCCGCCACUGUGGAACAACUUACUGGACCUAUCCGGUCUAAAACCGAGUUCCGAUGCCAACGAUCUAGUAGUCGGCGUAGGAGUGCAUGGCGGCAACACCGGCACCGGUGGAAGUGCUGGUGGUGCCAACAGUAGCAGCAACAAUACCAUCCUGAGUAACAGCACAGCCAGCACUAGCAUUAGCAACAAUAGUAACUCUAACGAGGAUUCCUAUGAGGCGGGAAUCGCUGACGAUAUGCGCGAGCUCGCACUCCGCCUCGAGUCCGAACUAGAAUUGGACGAAAACGGAGUGUAGAUGUGUGGGAGUAACAUAAAGAUGCGCACACACAUGCGCAUUGACUGAUUGUGAUCAAUAUCUCCUAUAAAUAACGCUGUAGGCGUAGAUAAAGUAAGAGCUGAUACUGAAGCUCGGAAGAGGGCUCCACAAUAGUAGACAAAAAUCAGACUAAGGAUUAGCGCGGGGAGCAACAUUUCAUUAAAUGAAAUCAAGAUCGAUUCAAAUUUUAAAAAUUACUAACGGCAAACAAAGCGAUCCAGAUUGAGGGCGGGAUUGAAGAAGCACGCUAGAGAAGUCAUGAGACACCCAAUUGCAUGCGCGAAUUGGACAAGCGCGUAGGAACGACAAAUAAUGAACGGCAAAACGGUUGGAUACAGAAGUGCGCGCGCGGAUUAGGAAGCACCGCCAAUCACACUAAGCUAAUAACUCUAUUCAAUGUUUGUUUUAGAAACUUUUCUUUUCUGUUUUGCAGAAAACGUGUGUUUUAGAGAUAUUUUUCGGAUCGAAACAAAAAUGCUCUAUUUAGAAUGGGCCAAACCAGCGGAGCAACAAAAUGCAUCAUGUGAAAACAAAUUCAAGAUGACUAGCUAAUAUAUAGAUAACAUAAUAUAAAUUUCCUAACAAAAAUGGGUCGUGCACCGACAUUUGGGAGUGGGAAACACGAGGAAAUGGACAAAUUGUGUGUGUACGAAACAUUUCUCGAGUUCUAGUAGGAAAAAAAACAUAAAAUUUGAAAGGAGCCAAGCAACCGAUAGCGUGAUACAGACCAGGAAAAGGUGAUUCAUUAUUAUUAUUGAUGGUUAUAUUACAAAUUGAAUAUUAUAAUUAUUCUAUUUAUUACACGUUUACAUUGCUAUUAUCCCCUAAAUCGCUAUUUGUUAUUUGUAACUAUUAUUCUUAUUCAUAAUAUAUGCAUAUUCUUUAUGGAAUUAACGGCUAGGAACUUCAAAAAAUUAAAUUAAAACAUUUCGAGAAAUGAAUUAACGCGUGUUUUAGCUUUUUGCAGAAAAAAAUAAAGCUCAUUUCUUCUUUAUUAAAAAAUCAACAAAAAAAUAUAAUUGUAAAUUAUAUUUUGUUCAGCAUAAAGAAAAAAACAAACAAUCAAAUGAUUAUAUUAGCCAAUUAUAUUAACCCACUUUAUUGUGAAACGUUCGUCAGUUUAAUUCAUUGCGUAGUCUAGUUUCCAAUCUUUUAUACGACAUUUUAUGUGUAGACUUUUAUAUUAUUGUAUAUUUCAAUUUUUUUACAUAACUUCCCAGCAGGUUGUGUAAAAGCAAGAGUAAAACUAUGUUUUUAUUUUUAACCGAAUAACACGUAUAGUUUUAGCAUAGUAUCCAGCAACUAAAUUACUUAUGAGCCGUUUCCUUUUUAGAGCAACUCAUUUUGUUUUCUUCUUAUUUUAAACAUAUAAAUGUAGAUCAGUUCAACUGAUUAUGUCGAUUGCGGUGCGCAGUCGCAUUGUACCGAUCUACAACUUCGAAUGGGAGACAGAAACAAUUGGACACGUUGAACAGAUUGAUUAUUUCAUUUUAGAUUGUAGUUGCUUAAUAUAUUGUUGCUUUUUGUUCAACGGUGGGUUAGUGGAAGGCGUCGCGGAAUUUCUAACGUCCAAAAACAAAUUAUUAAAACAAUUACAAAAACACAAUGAUACACAAGCGCGGUAAAUGGCUUUACUGCUAGAGUAAGGUAAGGGUUAUUUUUUUUUUGUUUCUUAUUGUAUUAGGGAAUUCUAACGCGAAAUCCUGUUUCGUAAUUUUAGGAGAUUUAUCGGCAGUUAUCGGGCAAGUUUGGGUCGAAUGUAUGAAGUGUUUCCAUAUUGUACAGCGCAUUGAUCAAUACAGAGCAGCAGUUGAAUCAACAGAACUUUGGAAAUCAGUAUCUUUCUACAUGUUGGUUUGACUAUUGACGUGCGAUGAGAAAGGUCCACUCGUUUAUCGCAGUGAAAAAUCCCGACUCAAAUUCAAUUGCAUUACAUUACACGAACUGCAGCUAACCUUAUUUAAAUAUGGCAAUUAAAAACUAUAGAAAGGCGAACCAACGUCCGCUGGUAAGGCUCAUAAGUCUGCAGCGAUAACAGAGCAUUGCACCAGGCGCCCAUCUCUCGCAAUGUGCCCUUUUCCCCUUCAUGCGAUCCUCCUAUUGGAUUUUUUAGAAUACCACAGGCUAGUGUUCUCCAUCCCGAGAACUAGAGUCUUUGUGAGUCCUUGCCUCAUCCUAAAAUAAGCAGGUAACAUUUAUCUCAUGUUCAACUUCAAUGCUUAGAGAGCCAACCUCUAUGUCUUGGUAUAGCCUUACACAGUACUUUGCCGUAGUUACGCUAUCGCACGAUCAAAUGAUGAAUGAGAUUGAGAUCAAUUCGAGAAUGCGGUUAAGAUUGUUCCUUGAAUGAGAUUGAACAGCGAGUGAGAUAAACAUUGAUCUGGGGGAGAGAGUGUGCAAUUCAGAUGGAACAGUGCCGAAGGUUCUGAGAGGCUUCUUUUCAAUUCUUCAGAAAAUCUCCCCUUAGUUUUGAAUCCAUGAAAGAAAAAAAAUGAAAAUGGUUAAUGCCAGUCAACUCCACCAAAGUUUCAACAUUAAAAUCUACAACCUGUAAAUGUAUUGAGCAAUGCUGUAUCUGUACAUUCAAAGAAAGCUCGGGAUUUUAAUUGAAUUUCCAUAAACACGAAAUGCGAUGAACAUCAUAGCGCCUUAUCUUCCCCGUUAACAAAGUAAAUCCCCACCAAGUAAACUAAAAGAAAAACGAGAAUUAGAAGGAAAUUCGAAGGUUAACAUUGAACUACUAUGGAGAGAUCAUUGACCACACAUACACACAUACAGACACAAACAUAAAUUUCGGAAAGAGAUUGAGACGGAAUGUUUCUUGUUUUAGAAGAGAUUGCUUUUUAACGAAACGAUAGAAUAUCGCUUGUGUUUGUAUCACCGAUUUGAUCUAGUGGUUCCGUAUUCGGACAGAACUGUUUAACCACAUUACACAAUUACAAAUAAACAACAGAAGAUUAUUUUAAUCGCUAGUAGAGGAAAACAGAAGCGCUGAUGAUCAUUGUUAUAUUAUACUGAGCGUAGAAAAACGUACUAUUGUAGGUUUGUUUUCUGAGUUGAUGAGUACUGUUAUUUGAAAGCAUUCGACAGUUGAAUGCGUUUUUUGACUAACUAGGAUGGAAAGCGUUUUCGAAAAUAGGAACAGCAAUUGAACGUACCAAGAGCCAGCAUCCUUUCAGUAUAUAUGUAACGGAAGGAAGACGAUGAACAGUAAAUCAAUUGAAUUGCAAUGUAGAAAGUAACUUCACAACACAAAACAACACGAAUAAAAAGGAAAAUUGAAAGGAUACACUAUGCAAACUAUCGCGAAAUGACAUACAAUUUGGGCUGUUGGAUCACUAUGUUGUUCUCCGAGGGCU